CAAUUUUCUUGUUACUGGACAAUAUAAAAUCUUCGAACCAUUUCGGUUUAUUGCCAUGGGAACGACGACGAGAUUGACGACUGGGGGAAUACGACGGCUGACUUUUUUCAUUAGGAUCCCCCCGACGGCGACAAAAACCGAGUUCUUGGUUCGCAUCCUUCGACCGUGGGGUUUUAGUCGCUUUUCCACGGCAUGACGGGCCUGUUCGGAUCAGCUGGACCGGCAAGUUCGUUAAGUUACAAUGGCAGGCAAGUCCAGUGCUUCAAUCACCUCGGCUACGACAGCCGAAGAUGCUACAGUUUUCGAUAACGCGAGGGUUGUCGAAGCCAGUACCGGCGACGGCCGUAGGAGUAAUAAAGCUUCUGACGAUAGUGACAAGAACCGUUACCCUGCGGCGGCGACUACAGCCGUGGCUGCUGCUGACUCGGCUGAUACCACCGUAACACAAGCCGCUACUGCCGCUGUCGUCGUCAAUACUACUACAACAAUUGGCUGUGUUGAAUGCGUUACCGGGGAGACGAACCCAACCCUUGAGGUAGAGAGUAGCUGUUAUGCUCCUGUUAUUACUCCUGAUACCCCUCGUAAAGCGGCCGCUAGCCCGGCUCUGACUUUCGCGGACACUGACGAGGGCGAAAGCUUCAGCCACAACCAUCGCCCGCAUCGGUCAGUCGAUGCCGGGCCGACCGACGAUCGGGGGUUGCCUUUAGAGAGAGAGGUGGUAGUGAAGGCCGACUGCGAUAUUGCCAGGACCAAUUGCCGUACCAACAGUAAGCCUGCCGCGACAAUAGCAGGGACAGAGCCCGAUCGUGGUUCUCGCGGAGCGACUAGGGAGCUGGAUGGCGCAGACGCUUCCCACAGUGAACAAACAGAGGCCACUGGAAUAGUUUCAAUUGAGGCUACUACGACUAACAGUUGCUAUACAGCUGCUAGAGAGCAACGGCAAGAAGAGCUACCGGUCCGGGAAAAAGCCUCUGUGUGGGAGGAGCACCCGAAAGUUUGUCAGCAGCUUCAGGAAUGGCGAGAGCGUUACGAAGAUCUUGAACGCGAUCUUUUAAAGCUUCAGGAGGGUAAACAAAUCGUAAGACACGAUACUACAUUGAGUUCAACGCAACAAACAGCUACAUACGAUGUGGAGACAAGCUCAACAGUUACGGUGGUCACAUACAAUACUUCAACAGAGGACCUCGAAGAAACGAGAGAGGUAAUACAAAGUGACACGGAUAACAUCAAUCGACUUCUUCGACGGCAGGUUCGCCUAUUGGCUCAGACAAACUUUUCACUUGGCCGGAAAGUCGAUCGACUGACGAAAAGCCUUACCACCAGGGACAACACCCAAGAUCGAUUCCGAUCUUUCGUCGCCAGCGAAAAGAAGACACUCGUGGAUCUCUCGAAUUUAGUAUCAUCUUUCAAAAAGGACUACUCUCGAUUACGGACCACAGUGAGCCUGUUUCUAUCAGAGUACCGCAACGAGCUUUCUGAGCAGAAGUCGAACCUCAAUUUGCAGAUGGCGGAAGCAGCGAAUCUAUCCAGGGUAACCGAUCUGGUCGCAACCGCAGUAGGUAAUGUUGUCGAAGAGGUCACAGAACUCAACGCGGAUGAGACCUCGUUUGAUCUCAUUGAUGUGCCGAAGAUCAUGGUGCACAGCGGCAGCAUGACAGACGACGAGCUACAAAACAGUGACCCCUUGCGGCUGACCUGCCAAGUGUUCACUCCCGAACAAGAACUGUCGGCGCUUUACGCCGCAUUUGAAAGAGUUUUAGAAGUCAUCGCGCUUCCUGCCAAUCAACAACUGGUCUACGGACUCAGAUCGUUACUUUCAUCAAAUGGCUCUAUCGAGAGCGUUGUCGCCCUUGUAAAUGAGAACCUUCAAUCUGUUCCGCGUAGUGGACUUCCAUCAAGGAGCCGCACUCCCAUCGACCGUGACGACGAUGAGCUCCCCGUUGAUGCCAUUAUACAUAAGCUCCAGUACGAGGCCAAGAUCCGCGAGCUGGAGCAAGAGGUCGCUGCUAUUGCCAACGAAAAACAGCGUCUGGCUAACGAGCUAAAUAAAGCUAUCCAAUCGACGUCCCAUGCCGCAGCACAAAUAGCGCGCGAAAGGCCGACACGGAUGGACUACGAGGCAAUUCAUCCGUUAAAAGAAACCACAUCACAUCGAUAUGACGAAGCUUCACGCCUGCAAGAGGACUCACGUACCCGUGAAGAAGUCGUUCUCGAGGUGACGCCAGCGGCUGGCGGAGGUACGUCGCGCAUUGGGGUAGCUCGUGAUGGAAAUUAUACCGGUUGUGAUUCCGGAGUAAAGGAAAUUUUCCACGUGCCACUGUCUGAAGGUUCGUCGCUGUCCGAGGAUUCCGCGUCUCGGUGGUGCUCUGAGAUCCAAGGUCUGCGGGAGCACAUCAAUACGUUGCAACGUCAGCUCAACGCUCAGAAAGAGCUAAGCGAAAGGCUUCUCCGCGAGAAGGCUCGCAUGCUUGAGCAAGUGGCUGAACUCCGCGAUGAAAAGCGGCGACUAGAAGAUAGUGCAAUCCAUCGCAGUCGCGAGCAACAGAUGCAUAUUGAGACCCUUUCCAUGAGGUGUGAGCAACUCCAGGAUGAACGCGGUUCGGAGCGGAAGGAACGACUUGAUGGACAGAUUAUUGGAUCUCUCAAGGCCGAACUCGAAAAGCUGGGCGAUGAAGUUCGACAGUUGAGCGAGGAGAACCUCCAUCUGAAGAACAAAACCAUCUUGACAAGACAUGACUGGCAAAACAUCGUACAAAAGCGGUCAUCGGAGACGCGCCGUCAUGAAUUGGAGAAGUUGCAACUACAAGAACAAGCCGAAGACGCCCGGGCCGACAGUGUGGCAAUGCAUCGUGAGGUUGAUCAUUUACAAGGCCGCUUAUUGCAGCUCACGAAAGAGCUGACGGCCUCAAAGGAAGAUGGUCAGAAGGAACGCGCAAAGGCCGAAGCGGCCCAACAGGCUUCGGCCCACCUAGAAAAAGAAAUCGACAAAAUUCGACUCUUCUAUGAAGAGCAAGCUCAGGAUAAUAGAACGUGCCACCAAAAAGCCAUUGAGGAGCUAAAGUCUGGCUACGAGGCGCAGAUCAGCGAAUUGCGUACCCGCUUCAAAAGUACCGCUGACGAGUAUAAUUCGAGGCUCAAACACGAGAUGUUUCCCGUUCUUGACGAGUUCCAACGGCUGAACAUCGCCGUGGUUGAGGCUGAAGCCGAGGUCGCAUCGCUGCGCGGUUUGCUCGAGCGAGAAAAGACCGAAUGCGAUCGACGUCAUGAAACAGAACGAACCCUUAGAGAGCAAAUUGCAUCUUUAUCAAGUGAUCUUUCAGAGCGCCGCGAAAAGUGUGAAGAACUUUUAGGUCAGUUGGGAGAGAUUCAGGCUUCGCAUGGUGCACAGUUGGUUACCCUGGCGAAUACGCAGCGCGCUGCCGUUGCGCUGAAAACAGAGUGUGAUCGACAACGGCGGUCAGCUGAAAAAUCGGCUGCGGAACGAGCUGAACUCGAACGAGAGCUGUUGACUUUAAGGGAGGCUAAAAAUCAGAACGACACCGUCAUUCAAAAUGAAUGCAGUCACAUGCAGGAGAGAAUCGUUGUUCUCCUUCGCGAAAAAGAAGGUCUAUCAACGGAGUUAACUGAAACUCGUGACGAAGGAGAGGUGCUCCGGGGUAGAAUCACCUUGCUUGAAAUGCAACUUGAAGAGCACCGCAAGAGGCUGGUUGAUGAGGGGGAAGCGCGCGAGAAAGAGUCACAGAGAAUGGCGGAAUUGAAGGAACAGUUAAAUAGCGCCAGGGCCGAAUUGGACAUUUACCGAGAAAAAAUGGGUAAGCUCGAAUGGCAGCGAACAGAGCUCCUGGAGUGCCGAGAGCGUCUACGGCGCCUGGACUCAGCGUUACUUCCGUUAACUCAGCAGGCGUCGUGUGUGCCUGAGGCUGUUGAAGAAGCCGUGGCCCGACUUACCGAUGAGCUGGAGACGCUAAGAGGCCGUCUAGGAAGUACUGAGCACCAGCUGACGAAUGUGCGAACACUGAGCCUAUCUGAAUCAUUGAGAAAUUUUGAAGACAGUAAGAAAGCAACUGAACUUCAAAGGGAACUGACUGUGAAAGAUGCGCGCAUCAACGCCCUGGAACAGCGUUUGUUGAGACUUCAGACGGAAAUCGAAUUGGAACGACAGAGUGAGGAGACUCGAUUCACCGAGGGUCUUCCACUGCAGCAACAUAACAAGGUCCUUAUGCACGCUGAGCUCAGCAAAGCUUCCACGUCGCUCAAAUUGAUGGAGGAAAAGUAUGAAGAAGAAAUGGAGAACGAGCGCCAAGCGAAUCAACGUCUCCGUGAGCAGAUGGAACAACUCAGAGACGACUGUGAAAGCCUACGAAGGGCACUGCAGAAAACUCAGGACGAGGUAGAGGGGCUUAGACAAGUCCAGCCAAUAGCCAAAAUUACGCAGCGAGGUUCACCUGUCAGAGGUAGCUCCAUGGAACAACAGGAUCUUAGCAACAGCCGGGCCCUCAUAGUCGGAUGCAGCCACAAUGUUGGCGGGGGACACCACGAUUCGAAAGAGCAUCAUACCAGAGAGAAAAAUUACGAACAGUUGUACCGCCGCCUGAAGCAUGAUUACAACAACUUGCGCCAGAAACUCGAAACAUUGCGAAGAUUACAUAAGGACGCUGCUUAUAAACAAUUCACUGCCAAUAAUGUCCUUCUAAACGAAUUAUCUCGUUCGCUGCACAACGUUUCCGUGGAUCCGGAAUGCAUGCCUGAGGAGACACAAGCACUGUGCGUCAUAGUGGAGGCGUUUCGAGCACCGCGUCAUCAGGAAGCUGGCUCCCAGCAACAGCCUACCCAACAUGAGACAUCUACAAGAAUAAUACCGAAGUGUCACCGGAAAAAGCUGGAGUUCGGCGACCAUUCGUAAUAGGAAAUACAGGAAUGACCCCUUCGAGUAAUGCGUACUAUAUUCCAGACUUCACAGUUCUUGGAUACGCAUGAUUUUGUCGUUAUUGAACUUUAGAGAAUUUCCAGAUUAUUCGAGAACAUGUUUUGUUCCUUAUUGAAACUAGUUUACCAGUGCAGAUUAAUUUUCAAAGCCAUCUAGUAUCAUUCAUUCAUUGAUUAUUUUCUCUUAUUUUACAAAGUGCAAUUUACAUAGACGUGAGCCAUGCAACAACGAAUGUAAUGCACUGAAAGUUUGCUCGAAGCGAAGUAUUAUACUUUGUAUUUGUUGCCUAUUGAGAAAAUCGCUAUCCGAUAUCGUUUUAUUGUAGAUAAAUUCAAUAGGACCCGCCAGUAGAAAAUUUGAAUUACUAGGUCCAACUAGAUGGCACUGACUUGAACCAAUCGAAUAAGACUGAGAUGGAAAAUCGGUCACCAACACGUUAGCGCCGAACGAAUCACCACAGGCGCUUCAACCUGGAAAACCAUAGUCUGUACGAACUGCCUUUCGCAUUUGAUCCAACCGACAUCUUAACAAAUAUAUCCUGUACUACACACACAUCGACAUAUAUAGAUAUUUUCUAUAGAAACAUUCAAAUGGACAACUGGACAAGAGAAGUUUGUUAUUAGGUUUAUAUCUGACUAGUAUACUGUAGAAGAGGGAUGUAACACGUCAUACACGAGUAUUUCACCGACCCUGAAAAAUAUCGGCUUUUAAAAUUUACGUGUUAGAUGGGAAGCAAAAAAAAAGUAUGUUUUCGCAGCAAUAACUUGCUCCCGAAGCGAUCGCCAAAUUAGGUGACCAUAAAGUGAGCAGGCGAAACUUGGAUCGUCCUAGUUUUCGAAAAAAAAAGACUUCAUUUGCUCUGUCUCAGUCAUCUGCAGGAAAAAAAUCACGAUGAUUGUAUUUUUUGUAGAAGCUCAUGGACGAUCUUAAUGAGUGCCAUAAGACAGUGCAUGCCCGAGUCAUAAUCUGGUGACUGUUGGGCUAUGUAUGUGUGUAAUGCUUGCUUGAGCGUGUGACUGAAUUGGGUUGAAAACACCCUGGUCGAUGAUGCAGUACAAAAGCGAGUGCCUUUUCUAUUUCGUUACACAUGUUGGGCCCCAUCUAUCAAUGGUAAGUACUGAAUAAGCUUUGCUGACGAUGAAAAAUACACAAAAAACUGUAUUCGGUUGUGCAUAAUGAAAGCUUAUGCGUUCAUGAGAUAAUUCAACACCCUGUCGGUGAAACUGCUCUAUAAUACCUGUGUCCAGUUAACGUGUUCAUAAAUUUCAAUCAAGAGUGUAAUUGUAUCAUUUUUUUGACUGAUAAGACAACGAAAUGAAUAACGUAAUAGUUGCUCUAGCAGGCCUGAAAGCUCUUAAAAUCAAUUUUUCCUUUAUAUGGAGGUAAGGAAUACGCCCAAGGUGGCUGCUAACGUUUUUAAAUCUUCAAGUACUUUAGUUGACUAAUACUUUUCGAGUAAGUGGUUGUAGUCUAUUUCCCGAUCUAGGAUCUUCGGACUAAAUUACUUCGACGAAAUUCCGGCCGAAGCAGUUUUUAUGCCUGUUAUAGAUUUAUUCAUCGAGUUAACAGCUGUUUUGUAAUUGGAAGUCUGGGGCUCAACCGUCUUUAAGCUCAGUAUUAAAAGAACAUGGUAAUUUCAAAAUCUGGUUCUUUCUCGAAAUUUGGUUUCGUUCAGCGAUAAAAUUUGAGUUAAUCCUAUGUGUUUCCAUUUAUUUUUUAUCACCAUAUCAUCAAAAUGUAUACCUAUAAUAAUAUAUAGUAAUCAUAUUAGUUUUGCUUGCCAGUGGAUAAAGAUUCCUUUUUAUAUGUGUUUCUAGCCGAUGAAGGUUAGAUAUUCACUUCGAUAGCGUAGCAUUCUGUUCUUUUUGUCACACGAUUAAUAUACUUACUAAAUAAAUACUGCAGGUCUACGUCAAUAAUUUGUGUUAGGCAUAAUAUUAGGUAACGGUAACUUCAGUCAGUAAUCGUAUUAAAAGUGCAACGAAAAUAUUUUUUUAAACAGUCGUGUCAACAAGAAAUGUGUUUAAUGAAUAUAGAAUCGGAAAGUUACGUGCCGGUUCCUCCAAACAAUUCCUGGGUAACAGCCUUGAUUAUGGACAAUGAUCGGGUACGUUGUGCAGAAGCAAUCGAAUCCAGCUGACAAGCCUAAAUAUACACUGCUACCGAUUUAUCCUUCUUUAGAACCUUAGAACAGAACAAAGCGAGUGAACUCAAUAUUCGCCAUAAAAGGUGGAGGAAACUAUACGUUAUUGUUCAGUAUGUUUUUUUGUUGAAAAUUAUACUAAUUAAUAUUGCAUUAAUAAAAACGCCACUUCACUGCCGAAAUAAUUAUAGGAGUUCUCAUAAGUAGCCAUUAGAUUUCUUAGUUUUCGGUAUAUCAUUAUUUUUUUGUCAUUCGACCCUUAUUUUUGGAACCUUCUCUAAAUUUUUACCAUAUAUUGAAUUGUGUCAAAAAGUUGGCUUCUCUUCUUUUGAAACACACAACCAGCAAUAUAUCCUAGAGCAGGUAACGUUACUACAUAGAUCAAUUUAGACAUCAAAACAUCGACAAUUACGUUGGACCAUUUUUGUACCCAGUAACAUUCAGUCGAUCGUUGGAUUCUGUCCACGAAGAUCGUUCAAUUGUCUCGUACAUCUUCUCAUCGAAAUUCAUAAGAGCGUAAGGCCAGCUUGUCACAUAAAGUGAAGCUUUAAGAAUACUUUAACUAGUCGAACGCGACGCGAACGAUGUUUACAUUAUAAACAUUUAUGGAACUAUAAUCUAUAUGAGUCUCAAAAAAUAUAUCACAUUACUAGCAUGAACUAUACUACACUAUGUCGUAUUCCACUGCAUUCUGUAAGACACGUAGAAAAGACAUUCCAUUGAUCUACACACUAAAAUGUUUUAUUUUAAAAAACCCAAACGCACAUUCUACCCCUUCUUAAGACUCCUGCGGUUCGUCGACUCACGCAUUCUCACUCACUCUCUCUUUCUCUCUCUCUGUAUUUCUCCCUCUCUCCCUCUCUCUCUCGUUCUAUCUCACAGAGGAUUUUAGUUGAUCUAAGCGCAAUUUGCCUUUAUCGACUCUUGUAAACCACGAAGGAAUCAUUGAAAAAUGGCCACUACUGCUUUAUAGUACAUAUAUGAUCGUACAUUAAUAUUUACUUAUUGUAUACUAUUUCGGUAAGAAAACAGCAAUACGUCGUUCGUGUUG